CCUCUGAGGGGCCGGACCCCUCCCAUGACUUCCAGGGACUGUCAAGGCCGGCUACAGGAGCGGAUUCAGUGGGUCGAACCGCGAGUGGGCCACAUCAGUGCCGAAUCCGACGAUUGGGGCGCUCUGCCCGCCCAAGGGCGCAGCCGGGGAACCCGCGCGGGAGGGACCACAACUCUAUCCUGGGAAAAAUGGGGAAGCUGAGGCUACCGCAAGGCAGCGACUUGUCCUGGGUCAUGCAGCGAACCCGGAGUCAGCUCAACGGCCCGGGUAGUCAGGGGCCGGACGCGGCCCAGCUUCCAGCUAUAGUCCCGCCCCUCCCCCCAGAGCUGCUGUGGAGUUGGUAGUGGGUGUCCGGCUCACCCACCCGGCAGAGUCCGGGGGGCGGGGCCACAUCAGCCCCGCCCCAGCCCCAUUGGCUGCGGCGCUAGGGGCGGGGCCGGGGCUGCCAGAUGUUGGGGCGGCAGCGACGGCGGGAGCUAGGGAGAGGGAGGAGCCGCGGAGCCAGGCGGAGGGUAAGGGCGCCGCUGGACGGCCCGCGGGGCCCUCUCCGCAUCCCUCUGGCUGGAGUUCGAAGAGGAGCUGGCAGGCCUGGCGGGGGCUCCGGAACGGGCAUGCACAGUGCUCGGCUUGACAGUUUCCUGGGCCAGCUCCGCUGGGAACUGCUGUGUGGCCGGGACACAGACUCACCCCCAAUGCCUGGCCCCCUUCCAGAACCCCCCAAACCUGGCCCAGGCAUGCGGCUCAAGCACCGGCUCAGGGCCUCAGAUGCCUUGGAAGAGGACUCAGCCUGUGGUGUGGAGGAAGAGGAGGAAGAAGCUGUGGUGACAGGAGACAGGGGUGCAGCCUUGGGAGGCCCCAGGGAGCAUGCCCUAGACUGGGACUCUGGCUUCUCAGAGGUGUCAGGCAGCACAUGGAGAGAGGAAGAGCUGCCUGUACUCCAGCAUCCAGCACCCUCAGCAUGGCCCCCCCGUAGACAGCGCCUCUCGGCCAGUGCCAUCCCCCUGCCUGGCAGAGCUCCUGCGGCCAGUGUACCACCUGCCCACCGACCACGGCCCAAGUCCACCCCAGACGCCUGCCUGGAGCACUGGCAGGGGCUGGAAGCUGAGGACUGGACAGCAGCCCUACUUAGCAGAGGUCGUAGUCGCCAGCCCCUGGUGCUGGGAGACAACUGUUUUGCUGACUUGGUGCACAACUGGAUGGAGCUGCCCGAGGCAGCAGGUGAGGGGGACAAUGGGGGUGGGCCCCGUGCCCGUGCUCGGCCCCCCCAGUUCCUGCUUGGCCUCUCUGAGCAGCUGCGGCGCCAGCUGGCCAGGGCACGCCGGGCAGCAGUGGCAGGAAAGCGACUGUCAUGCCCACCUCGCCCGGAACCCGAACUGCCUGCAGAUGUCUCACGCUUUGCAGCCCUCAUGAGUUGCCGCAGUCGCCAGCCCAUCAUCUGCAAUGAUGUUGUCAGCUACCUCUGACCCUGCCCUCCAGCCUGGGACAAUAAAGGCCUUUCUCUGCA